AUCUCAAGGUUAUUUAUAUCGGGUGCCAGUCACACGACUCACUCUAUGAUCUGCACACUGUCUACGGUUCAUAUUAUCCUAGCCAUAUCUAUGAACUUAGCGAACUUCAGAUCAUUUCAUGAUAACGAACUUUGUCUAUGGUAUAAGUCUAUAGUCUGUGUAGCACGGUAGCAAACCAUAGAUAAUGUAGCGAACUUAACCUUAAAUAUUACAAAUAUGAUUAAAGUGUGAAUGAGAAUCAGUGCGGAUAAUCAAUUAAUUAAAAUAAGUUAUUUUAAUUCGAUCGUGCUUAUAAAAUAAGUAUAUUAUGGCGCUUUCUUUAAAUCAUUCAAUAAUUAAAAUAUUUAAGUUCAGCUCUGUAUUAAACCAAGGCAGCGUCAAAACUUUAAUAACUGGAUAUAAAUUAAAUGGCAGUAUUCAGCAUCAGUCGAGAGUUGUUGCUAAAAUGAAGGUUUCGUGCCAACAGCACUGUAAAACACUUUCUGAUAAGAGUAUUACUUGUGAUAGUAAAGAAUCAUUAAGUGAUGUUAUACACCAACUUUAUCUGCCCUCCUAUAAUUGCAUAAAUUAUUCAAAUAAUUUGAGGAGUUCUCGAUUCCAUUUAAGUACACAAACCAAAAGUGAUAGAGUGUUAGCAAAGGAUAAUGCAGACAGUUCUGACAAAAAGGAUCCAGAAAAAUUACGACGGGUUUUUUUAACUUUAUCUGAUAAUUUACCAAAAUUAUUCAUUCAAACCAUGGAUUAUAAUAUCUACCAUGAAAAUAUGAUAUUUGAAAACAACAUAACUGGCAGGAAAACAAGGACUUUAUAAUUAUGUGAAGCAAAUUGCAUUAUUAAGAACAGUUGGUCACCUAAAAUUUGCAUAUGUUAAAUUCGAAGUACUUAAAAUAAC